AUGGCUUCUGCUUGCCAUGUUCGAUCCAUCAGCUUGCCAUCAAGGCCUCACCAGUCUACACUAGACGUUGAUAUUCAGUUGGAGAGGCUGAGAUCCUCUCAGUCAACAUCUUCACCAUCUAAUUUGAGUGGCCUCAAGGAUUUGUACGAAUCAAUCGACGAUUUCCUUCAACUGCAAGCAACCCAGAAAGCCAUCUCUGAUGAUAACUCAAUGGAUAAGUCCCUCGACCGAUCCCUCAGGUUGUUCGAUGUCUGUGCUGCGACCAGAGACAUUUUCUCGCAAAUGAAGGAGAUCCUGAAAGAGCUUCAAUCAUCACUCAGAAGGAAGACAGGAAGUGAAUCAGUUGAAGCUUAUAUGGCUGCCAAGAAGCUGCUGAGCAAAGAAAUGUGCAAGUGUUUGAGAAAUCUAAAGUGUUCACAGAGGAACUGCAGCAGCUACCAGGAGAAAGAUUCCAGCAUUGUGGUUGGAACUCUUAGACAGGCUGAAGAGGCAUGCCUUGAGAUCUUCGAGUCUCUCUUGGCGAUAAUUUCCUGCUCGAACCCAAAGACCAAGAGAUGGUCUUUGGUCUCGAAACUGUUGCAGUCCAAGAGGAUUUCCUCCUGCGAAGGGGAAAGCAAUGGGAUUAAUGAAGUUGUGAAGAUGGAAAGGGAACUUAUGGCUUCGAGGUCUAGCAAAGAGAUGAGCUGUGGGGAGUUGAAGAAUUUGUUAAAGAGUUUGGAGGGAAUUGAGUUGACCAUUCAAGAAGUUGAAGAGUUGGGUUGUGUUUAUAAGCUGUUGGUGAAAACCAGAGUUUCCAUUCUUAACAUCCUCAGCCGAUGA